AGCUAUUGUACAUACUAUGAAUUGCUUUAGGGAUCAAUACAAAGAAUGAGUCAAUAUCUAGCUACUCUCUACCAUCACAAUUUGUUAAUUCGUCUUGGCUUGGCUAGUCUACUACGGAGUACUUACACUACUAAGGCUUAAAACAGCAUCAUGGUGCCGCAAAGCACCCCGCAACUAACCUCUGUCUUAAUUUCCUUCCCCCCUACUUUCCUUACUUUCCCCCCAUUCUGAAUGACCCUCCGCACACCAGUGGCGUCACGCAAUGGCUACUAGAAAGUCCCAGCCGCAGGAGAUGGUCCAGGUUGGCCGGUCUGGGAGAACGGGUUCGCCCUUCUGGAAGGGAAGAUCAGUUUCCCAGAAUCACGCCCCCCCCAAAUCCAAUGAUCAAAGUACUGUUGUUGGCUCUUCAUAUUCCCACGCAAACAUCUUGAAAGGUAUAUCGCAACAGCAUGCGCGCCCUCGGACACCGCCCCGAUCGUCGUCUACCAAUCCUCAACACUUCUCGCCAUCCUCCCAUCAGCCUGCAUCAUGGUCUGCCUCUUCUCGUAGAUCGUACACCGGUGUUAUGAACCAAGGAGUCGAUUCAUGGGGUCGCAGUCAAAUGGAAGACGAAGAAGAAGACGAGGAAGAUGAAGAUAUUGUCUAUGAUGAUGAUGAGGAUGAGUUUGGGCUUCCCAGCAUUACUAGCAUGCGGAAGAAGCAGAAGCAGAAUGUCGACCCUCUUCCAUCCAGGAGUGUUGACCCAGGCGGUCGAAUUGGAGGCAGUGCCUCGGCCCUUAGUGUUGGUUUAGGGAACAGUAGACAGCGUGCCAACAGCUCGGAUAUUGCAGAGGAACGGGGUGUUCCUAUGUACCCAACAGCUAGAAAGGGGGAAGGGAAAAUACUUCGGCCUCAGUAUAAAGAUAUUUUAAGAGAUCCUGCAAACGCUUUGAAUCUUAUCAACCAUGCUCCACCCCCCAAGAGUGCAACUCCGAAAGAAAUGGACCAAUACUCGAGUCGCAUUUCGAGAAUCAACAAGUUCAAACGCCUUUUGCAGACAAGCACGGUUCCUUUAGCAGAAUUAAGAAACUUGGCAUGGUCAGGGGUCCCCGAUGAAGUACGGGCGAUGACCUGGCAACUUCUCCUGGGCUAUCUUCCUACGAAUUGCGAACGACGUAUUUCGACCCUCGAAAGGAAGCGUAAGGAGUAUCUAGAUGGCGUUCGCCAGGCUUUCGAGCGCGGCAGUACCACAGGUGCUGGGAACCCUCCUGUUUCGACAACAGGGCGCGGCAGAGGGCUGGACGAGGCAAUAUGGCAUCAGAUCAGUAUAGAUGUCCCUCGUACUUGUCCACAUAUCCAGCUCUAUGGCUAUGAGGCUACUCAACGCUCGCUAGAAAGGAUUCUCUAUGUUUGGGCCAUUCGACACCCAGCCAGCGGCUAUGUGCAAGGGAUCAAUGACCUCGCCACGCCAUUUUGGCAAGUUUUCCUAGGUGUCUAUGUUACGGACCUUAAUGUAGAAGAAGGGAUGGAUCCAGGUCAAUUGCCCCGGAGCGUGCUGGAUGCUGUCGAAGCGGAUACAUUCUGGUGUCUUACGAAGCUUCUUGACGGCAUUCAAGACAAUUAUAUAUAUGCUCAGCCCGGUAUACACCGGCAAGUUAAAGCAUUGCGCGACUUAACUAUGCGCAUUGAUGCUACCCUCGCGAAACAUUUGGAGAAUGAAGGUGUUGAAUUUAUGCAAUUUAGUUUCCGAUGGAUGAACUGCUUGCUCAUGCGUGAAAUGAGCGUCCAGAACACCAUACGCAUGUGGGAUACAUACAUGGCCGAGGAGCAGGGCUUUUCACGAUUUCACCUCUAUGUGUGUGCAGCCUUUCUAGUCAAAUGGUCGGACCAAUUGGUGAAGAUGGAUUUCCAGGAAGUCAUGAUGUUUCUGCAAGCCCUCCCAACCAAAGACUGGACCGAGCAAGAUAUUGAACUCCUGUUGAGUGAAGCAUUCAUUUGGCAAAGCCUGUUUCAAGACUCUCGGGCUCAUCUUCGUUCCACUGGUGACCCCUCCCCCGAUAAUGGGUUGCAGUGAAGAAGUCGAGCUGUAAUAGGCAUACACCCCCUAGCUUGUGAACAAAGGAAGCCAGUUCAGGUUCUUCCCCUUGGGCAUAAAUGCAAACUGAAUAGGAAGCCCUUGUAGAGGAAAACCCACAACAUCUUCCAAAAGCGGUACCCGUCGCAUAUGCUUGUACAUUCCUUUGCGAAGCCCGUGAAAUUCUGUCGACAUCUGCUGCUUCCGGCAUCCUCACGCAUUUCUAUCGU